AGAUUCUUGUUCUUUGGAACGUAAACACCCUGACUUGUCAGGGACUUCUUUUGAUAUUACCCUCGAUGAGGCAUCGAUUGGAGAUACUUUCAGAUCUCUCACGACCGAAGUUGAGGGACUUCAAGUUUGUUAUGAAGGAGAGGAAAUCAAGAGGGUGACCACAGCUGAGGCUGGAGCUGUUGCUCUACCUUCACAAAACUAACAAGAGACAGGCCCAAUAACAGGCCUGGCGGACUCAACAAUUCAGAUGGUAGGCAGUGGACUCGCUUCGAAAGAAGCAGUCCCUGCCACACUGAAACAGACUAAAACAAUGAGAAGGCGGCAAAGAAGGAACAGAAUGGCUGCCAAAAUCAUCUUAAAAACACACCCGGAAGCGAGACCUACACUAGGGCACUCGGCUAAGGAUGCAAGGUGGGCGGAGGCUAAAGUUGCAAGGGCCAAUUAUGGAUCGGCUACCAAAGCUGAACUGCCCGCUGCAAAGGCUCCAAGAAAACAUUUGACCCAGAUGGGGUCGACCUCUGUACCACCAGCUAAAGACGCCAGUGGAGGCCCGGGGCUGGUCCCAGUGACGGGCAAAAGGCAAAGAACCUCACUGGGAAUCUCGGCACCUAUUGCCAAAAAACCCAGAGAAGCAGUAACCAGAAGUUAUGCCUCAGCCAGAACUCAUCGCUGA